GUAUAAAAGGCAGAGAAUAUGCAGGAAAUGAGAGAAUCGUGCUUCUUGGAAACCAAUCCCCAUUUUUCUGUUUCGAUUCGCCACUUUCUUCCUCUGUUUUCUCAAAUUCCAAUUCCGUACUCUCACACAGAAUCGCCCAAAAUCAAAAUCUCUGAUAAUGGCCACUCUUCCCGACUCUCUGUUCGGAGAACCGUCGGCUGCCGAGCGAACCACCGCGCCGAAAUCCAACACUUCUCAUCCUCCUAAUUCAGACCUAAACAAGGUCUCUAUUGAAAAGCUGAUUCUCGCUCUCCACAACGCCCAUACUCGCGAGCGUGCUUUGCAGCUUCUCUCUCAGAAUAGGAGUAGGAGUGACGAUUUGGCUGUUCUGAUAUGGCAUUCGUUUGGUACGAUGUUUACCCUUCUGAAGGAAAUCAUGGAAAUUUACCCUUCGCUGUCCAAGCCCGACCUUACAGAAAGGGCUUCAAUUAGGGUCUGCAAUGCUCUUGCUCUUCUUCAGUGUGUGGCUUCUCACCCAGAAACAAGGGUGCCAUUUAUGAAAGCCAAGAUCCCACUCUAUUUGUACCCUUUCCUUAAUACCACCAUUAAAGAAAAGCCUCAUGAAUAUCUCAGGCUCACAAGCUUAGGAGUAAUUGGUGCACUAGUGAAGGUUGAUGACAAGGAAGUAAUUUACUUCCUACUCAAAACUGAAAUAGUUCCAUACUGCCUGCGAUGCAUGGAUGUGGGAAAAGGCUUGUCGAAAACGGUUUCCACAUUUAUUCUUCAGAAAAUUCUAAUGGAUGAAGAGGGAUUGAGGUACUGCUGUCUCGUAGCUGAUCGAUUUUUCGCAAUAACUAGUGCCUUGGAAACAAUGAUGGAAAAAAUUUCAGAAGAACCCUCACAACGUCUGCUAAAACAUAUUGUUCGCUGUUAUCUUAAGCUAUCUGAAAGUCCAAGGGCUUGCCCGGGACUUGCUAAACUCCUUCCUCGGAUGCUAAACGACAGCGCGUUUACCGACCUCCUUCGUGAUGAUCCAACAGUCAUGAGCUCCUUCCAACAGUUGCUUCGCAAUGUACAUGAGAAUAGAUUACGAGAGAAUGAAGAUGAAUAUGGCACUCCCAAAACAGAUGACUCCUUAAAACUUAGUGUUAGGCUUAUUUUCUUCCACAGGCUUUUGCUUUGCUACUUCUUUAAUUCUCUGUUAAGUACAGAACGAAGGGGAAUCUCAUCUUGACUGUCACAAUCUCUCCUACUAGUUGAACUUUGAGCUUAAUUUGGUUUUUCAAAAAACUAGAGGUAUAAAUGGAAUUAAAAUUGUAACCGUUCAAGCCACCGCCAAGCCGAUAUUGUCUUUUUUGGACUUUUCCUUCCAAGCUUUCCCUCGAGCUUUUAAAAAGCGACUGGUAGGUGGAAGUUUUCACACCCUUAUAAUGAGUGUUUCCUUUCUCCGCAUCUGAUAGGUAAGGUUUUCACGUGUUUUAUCCCCUUCUUCAACCAACACGAGAUCUUACAAAAAUGUAUUUGAUAAAAAUUAAAAUGUUACUUAAUUUUUCCACCCAACUCUACUUGUAAGUAGAAGUUUUGACAAUCUAAAUUUUGAAUUGGUUAAAAUUAGUUUCACGUUUCAAGUAACUCUCAAACAAGUUUGAAAGUGACUUCAAACAUGAUUAAAGUGAUUUUGAAAUCAAACAUGUUCAAAUAUUUCUUCUAAAUCAAUUUUUAAUAGCCUGAGUUUAGUUUUUAACAAAAAUUCGAGAUUUAAAUAGUUGGAUGAACAAUUUUUACUAAUACUUGCCUGUGCAACUAUGAUAGCACAUAGUAACAUUUGUAGAGCUUAAUUGAACCAUCAAGAU